CCUAAUUGGUCUGGGACACCAAUUCUGCUGGGAUUUUAUUCUUUGGAGUACUUUGUCUCCAAGUCUUUCUCACAUGUGAACUUUACAUACAGUGGAUGAAGAGAAGGGUGCUUCAUGGGGUCAUCAACCUUGAGGGUCAUCCUGGUGGGCAGAACAGGCAGUGAGAAAAGCGUUAUGAGCAACAGCAUCCUCUGCCGCCCAGCCUUUGAUUCCAAGUGGGAGGCCCAGAUGGUGACCAGUGCAUGCCAGGAGGAGAUGGGCACCUGGGACAGGAGGGCCAUCCUGGUGAUUAAUACACCCCCUAUCUUUGAGGCAAAGGUCUGGACUUAAGAGACAGACAGGGACAUUGGAGACUGCUACCUGCGGUCUGCCCCAGGGCCCCAUGUGACCCAGCUGGGCCGCUUCACGGCCCAGGACACCAUGGCAGUGAGGAGGGUGAAGGAGGUCUUCUGGGCAGAGACCAUGAGGCACAUGGUCAUCUUGUUCACCCACAAGGAAGACUUGGGGGCCGAGUCCCUGGAUGAGUACGUGCAGAACACGGACAACCGUGGCCUGCAGGCCCUGGUGCGGGAGUGUGGGAGGAGGUACUGUGCCUUCAACAACCAGGCAGCCGGCCAGAAUCAGCAUGGCCAGCUGGCCGAGCUCAGGGCGGCGCUGGACAGGCUGGAGCGCGAGCUGGAAGGCUGCUUCCUCAGCAAUGACCUCUUCCUGUGGGCCCACGUACUGCGGCAAGGUGGGGACGCUGCCGGCUAGGAAGACCACAGCCGCUACCUGGCCCAGGUGAGGCAGCAGGUGGAGAAGCAGAGGCGAGAGCUGAGAGAGGUGGAGAGCGGCUGCCUGUGCAGGGCAUUCCUCCGAGCCCAGCACUGGAUGACUUUACAUGAGGAGAUCUGUGCUGGUUGCAUUUGGUGCACUCUAAUUGUUCUCCUGAUUUUUGUGAUCAUAUUGAUUCAUGUGUGA